GAUAGAUCCAGGAAUAAUCAAUACAAGAUGGAUGAAUUAUUGAAAACCAUCGGUGGAUCACUUGAUGUGACCAUGGAAGCCAUGACGGCACUUGCACAAACCUUGGAAGAAGAAAACCCAGUGAUGAUUGAAGAGUUAAGGAAACAGAAUAAUGUUAGUUCUCUUGAAGGGGUAUCACUUUUAGCAUUGAAAAACAACUCUUUAAUGUCAUAUUUAAAUAACGCCGCAUUAGUAUUGUUGGCAAAGCUUCAACUGUUAGAAGGAGAUGCUGAAGAAGAAGACGUAAUCAACGCUAGAAAGCAAGCUGUAGAAAAUACAAUCAUUCAAAGAGUGACUUUGGAAAAAGGUGUGAAACCAUUAGAAAAAAGACUUAGUUACCAGUUGGACAAGUUGGUAAGAGCAUAUAGACGUAUGGAGACCGAAGAAACUGAAACUAGAGAAAAAUUGGAGGGACAACAGGCAAAGGAAGGAGAAUCUGGAUCUGAGUCCGGAUCUGAUGAUGACUCUGAUUCUGAAGCUGAUGACAACCUUGCAUACAAACCAGACGUCCAGUCUCUUGCCAAAUUGACUGCCGCCAAGGAUAAGCGUUCAUCCAAGGAUGGAUCUUCUUCAGCAGCAUAUAAGCCACCAAAGAUUUCUGCUGUGGCACCACCAAAGCCAACCGCAGCACCUACAUCUGGAGACAACCGUAAGCUUCAAAGUAUGGAAGAAUAUCUUAAGGAAAACUCCGACCAACCAUUGAUGGAAUCAUCUAUUGGGUCCACCAUUGUCAACCAUGGUAAGGGUGGUGUAAAGACUAACCGUGAGAAGGAAAAGGAACAACAAAUUCAAACAUAUGAAGAAACAAACUUCACUAGAUUGCCAAAUGCUGCUACUAAGAAGACAUUCAGACAAAAGCAAAGUGAACUUGUCAACAAUUUUGCUGGUGAAGAUUGGUCUAUUUUCAACAAUAAGAGAAGCAUUAGUGACUCUACAUCCAGAAAGAAAAAGCCAAACUCUGCAUGGGACAGAGUGAAGAAGAGAAGAACUUAAUACAAGGGGAAGGGAACUUGAAGUUCAUAGAAGUAAAUAAACGAGUCAUAAACGA